UGCUCCUAGGAGAUCUUCCAUUCCUUUCCGCCAUGAUCACCCGGAUCCUCCCCUUUCUCUGGCUCUUUCAUGGCAUCAUCGCCAAUGCCGCGCUCGUUGCCCCAAUUCAGCCCUCCUCUCGCCUCCCAACGACGAGCGAGCCCGGCGAUCAAAGCUUCCUCGCCAUUCUCGCCAUCCAUCGCAAGGGCGAUCAUCCAAAGCCCACGCCAUUCACGAUCGACACCGGCGCUACGCUCCCUCUCUAUCCCUGCUCCAAGCCCACGCUGGCAAACACAAGCUUCACGCUCUCCACCACCACUGGUCCACCUGUCGUCCUACGCAAGAUCCAGGUGGCGUGCGCCCCCGUACGAAUCGCUGGCCUGGGCCCUGCUGAGUCAGCCCUACACGCCCAGCUGGCGAGGGCAGCUGGCCUCCCUCUCACCUUCUCCUACUGCUUGCCCUCUGCCGGCUAUGGCGCUCUCUUUUUUGGCGCCACCAGCUAUAGAUUUGGCGCGAGUGGCCGGGGAUUUAAAAUUUUAAAAUUAGGGCUUUCGCGCCUGAGAGCAUCGUCAGGCUUUUACAGUGCUCGGGUGGCAAGCAUUGAAUUGGGUGGCGUGAGGAUAGCGCUUGAUCGCGAUGCCCUCUUUGGGACGCAUCGCCGCUACACUGCCCUACCAGACGCGUCCUAUAGAGCCCUGCGCGAUCGCCUUGUCGCCCAAUCCAAUGUGAGCCGCGCCAACGCUCGAUUUGGGGCGCUCGACCUCUGCUACCGGAUCGAUUCGGCGGCGGCGAUGGAGAGCCUGCCGACGAUCAGGCUCGCGUUUGCCGGGGGAUUCGUGUGGGAGAUUGGGGCGGCGAAUUACUUGGUGCCCACGCGAGAGCCCGGAUUGUUUUGCGUGGGGAUUGUCAAUGGGGGCGAGGAUUCCACCCCGGCGAUUGGAACGUUCCAGCAGCAAGACCACGUCCUGGAAUUCAAUCUCGCGAAGAAAACGCUGGGCAUUAGUAAAUCGCUGGUAGGCAUGGGUGGUAAUUGUGCCGAUUUAUUGACUCCAAUGGUAAAUUAGCAUUGGUAAACUGCGCGUGCUUUACUACAGUAUCAGCGAUUGUUUUCUUUCCUUCCACGUAAUAAACGUUUAUGGUAGCGA